GUUAAAGUAAAUUUCCAGCAGUAUGGAAUCCCCCCUUGUGAUGUGCCCAUUUAUGGGUUUUGAUAUUUAUUAAGAUCGCAUGAAACCAUGCCAGGCGAAGCGUUGGUCUUUGUGCAAGAGGAUCAACUUGGCGAAAAGGUCCUAACCUUCUUAAUUUCUACAAUGAUUUGUACCAACUUCACUGCAGUUCCAUGACGUUCUAGAAACUCUAUUUAUAUACCUGUUUCCAUGACAUCAAAAACCAUGACACCUCACAUUUGUAACAUGUUUGGGGCAGUGGUGGCAGACGAUCUUCCAACAGUGAUGAAACUGGUAGAAACCGAUCACGUAGACCUCAACCAAACUUUCCGGGGUGCCACAGCCUUGGCAAUGGCAUUCUACAAAAAUAGAGAGAGCAUCUUUCAUUGGAUCCUCAAUAAUGCUGAUGAGAUAGAUUUGGAUAUGCCAUCCAAUGAUGGGAAAGGGCGCAUUGAGCCUUUGCUAGUUGCUGCAUGUCGCGUAGGAAACAAAGAAAUGAUGACGAUUCUACUUAAUAAAGGUGCUGAUAUUGAUGCUGUGGAUAACUAUAAUCAUACAGCUCUCUGGAUGGCAACACGACAGAGAAGAAUAGACAUUGUAGAACUUUUAAUAUCAUACGGGGCUAAGAUUAAUAUAUCAGAGAUGUGGAAUGAGUCUCCUCUCUAUCUUAGUCUUAAAUAUCCUCGUAGGGAGAAAAUGGCAGCCAUGCUUAUUCUUAACGGUGCUUGUGUUAACUUCCCUGGAGAAUCAAGGACUAAGACACUACUACAUUGGUGCAUGUUUCACUGUCAUAAGGAUAUCAUAAAGUUGUUGGCAUACACUGGUUAUAACAUCACAAAAGAGCAAGGUAUAUGGCUUAGUCUACCUGCUCGGGUAGCUGAGGAUGUGGAAUUCUGCAGGUGGUUGAAAGAUGAGCUUUCCACUCCACCCAACUUACAGAGACAAUGCAGGGUUGCAAUAAGAAGACAGGUCCUGCACCAAGAAGCCGGGCGAUUAUUUCUCCAGAAGUUAAAAACUCUGCCGUUGCCACAAAGGCUGCUAGAUUACCUUGCUAUGAAUGAUAUCCAAACUGAACUUGCACUUUCCUCUGAAAGCAGUGAAUCGGAAUGACUUUCGUAAACAAUUGUAUUUUACAUUGUGGACCUCCAGUAGAAUAGCUCGUUUUACUAACAUUUAUUUACUAAUGAAGUUAUUAUGGGCAUCAGCAUGACUCCUGUUUUACAUUUUAUUAAGGUGUAUUUGUUUAUUACAUAUCAUUCUUUUAUGAAAAAGAUCUGUUAUUGUGAUGCUUUCAAUGUUAUUUUUGCAUCUGAAUCUCUUUACAUAGCCUUGUUUGUUGUGUGCAAUUUUCAUUUUGUUUAGCUUUGAAUAUUAAUUGUUUUUAAUUGGAAAGUAUAUUUUACAUUGCUUUUGCUAAGGUUUUAUUGUUUUAGACUACAAGUUCUAUACCAUAAUAUAUAUACCUUUGGUAUAUUCAUUUUUUUAUGAGAAAACUUACAACCACAAGUUAUUAUGCAUACUAGUAUAUAGUUUUGCUGUUAUUAUUUUAAUGUGCAUUUUGUUUACUUCAUAUUAACUUUAGGAAUCAGAUAGAGGCAAGUUAACCAUGACCAUGGAAUCUUUUACACACUGCUUAAGAAAACGUGGGGUUCAAACUUACAUUUUAUGUUAAACAGUCAUCCAGUUGCUUUUUUUUUCAUGAUAAAUUUCUUUAUCUUUUGAAAUGUAUUUCUGGCUGUAUCUGGUGCUUUGUCAAAUAUAAAAACUUAUGAAGACAUCAGACUGUUACACUGCAACAGCUGAAUAGUUUAGACAUGAAAAAUGGUUGUUUUUAUUCUGUCAGAUGUAGACAAGCAGUUAUGUUAUGUUCUGCUAGUUGUGAAUAAUGAAAAUACAGUCGUAAAUACCAUGGUCACUUUCUUUGGUCUGACCAGGGUUUGUCUGUAUGAUCCAUGUUUCAGGGACUGUUAUAUCAUGUUCAACUGUUACAGUUACUGUACUGAGAGUUCUAAAAAUAUGCUUUUAUUGUACAAUGUAAUAUGUUGCACAAAUUAUGCUUACAGAAUUUACAAUAAAAAUAUGUAAACCUAAUAGUUCUGUUUAUCAAUAUGAAUAUCAACAAUACACAUUCAUAAAUAUUUAUCUGGGUGUUUGCAGGUAUUUAUGCAUGGGUUUUUUAAGUGAAAAUAUAUUACUCCUACUGUGGCAAUUAUUUCCAUGAAUUCAUGGAUAUAUUGCAUCAUUUGUGAGUACAAAUGGAGCAGUCGAGUUCUUUGUACAAGAAUAAAUCCUAUUUGCACACAAACUUGCAUGUACCAUCACCCAACAUAAUUCUGAAUAAAAUGAUCUAAUUACUGUAAGAAUUUUUGGCAUGUACCCAAUAAAUAUGAUAGAUCCACAUAUAAUCUGCAACAAGAAAACUUCAUAAACAUUUUUUCCUGAUCAGAAGUUUAUGAAAAAAAUGAUGGCUGCCUGACCAUCCAACCUUGUGACAAU